AUAGGGGUUUUUAAUGUGGUCUUCCUGUUGGACAUACAGUCUGAAUUUGUCUUCGGUUCCAGGAGAUGGAGACGGCCAGAGCCGCUGGUGUCUGUCCCAGGUCAAAGGAGCCGUAGAUGAUGAUGUAGCUGAAGCUGACAUCAUCUCUGCGGUGGAGUUCAAUCAUUCCGGGGAGCUUUUGGCCACAGGAGACCGGGGUGGAAGGAUAGUGAUCUUCCAGCAGGAACAAGAGAGUAAAAACCUGCCGCAGUGCCAUGCGGAGUAUAACGUCUACAGCACGUUCCAGAGUCACGAGCCGGAGUUCGACUAUCUGAAGAGUCUGGAAAUUGAGGAAAAGAUCAACAAGAUCCGCUGGCUUCCUCAGAAAAAUGCUGCACACUUCUUGUUGUCAACAAACGAUAAAACCAUCAAGCUCUGGAAAAUCAGUGAACGAGACAAGAGACCGGAGGGGUAUAACCUCAAAGAAGAGGAUGGCCGUUACAGGCAUCCGUCAUCGCUCACAACACUACGGGUUCCAGUGUUCCAGCCGAUGGAUCUGAUGGUGGAGGCGAGUCCACGGCGCGUGUACGCCAACGCUCACACCUACCACAUCAACUCCAUCUCAGUCAACAGCGACAACGAGACAUAUCUCUCCGCCGAUGACCUCCGGAUCAACCUAUGGCACCUGGACUUCACCGACCGAAGCUUCAACAUUGUUGAUAUCAAGCCGGCCAACAUGGAGGAGCUGACGGAGGUGAUCACGGCUUCAGAGUUUCACCCGCUCCAGUGCAACACGUUUGUGUACGGCAGCAGCAAGGGCUCAGUGCGCCUGUGUGACAUGAGGGCGUCCGCUCUGUGUGACCAACACUCAAAAUUGUUUGAGGAACCCGAGGACCCCAGCACAAGGUCCUUCUUCUCUGAAAUCAUCUCAUCCAUCUCAGACGUCAAGUUCAGUCACAGCGGCCGAUACAUGAUGACCAGAGAUUAUCUGACCCUCAAGAUCUGGGACCUUCACAUGGAGAGUCGGCCGGUGGAAAUUUACCAGGUUCAUGGUUAUCUCAGGAGUAAGCUGUGCUCUCUCUACGAGAACGACUGCAUCUUUGAUAAGUUUGAGUGCUGCUGGAGGGGCGACGACAGUGAGGUCAUGACGGGGUCCUAUAACAACUUCUUCCGGAUGUUUGAUCGCGACGGCCAGCGCGACGCGACCCUCGAGGCCACGUGGGAGAACGGCUCCCCCGGCUGCCCACUCAAGACCUGGCGCGUGAGCGCGGGGAGCAGACGCAAGAGGAACGAGAUCGGCGUGGACUGCCUGGACUUCAGCAGAAAGAUCCUCUACACCUCCUGGCAUCCUCAGGAUAACAUUGUUGCCUUGGCGACAGUCAAUAACCUUUACAUAUUCCAGGAGAAACUGAAUUAGGAAUUUCAAACUGCUUCGUCUCCAUUCCUAGCUCCAGGAGUUAGGCGGGAUACAUGCUAAUCUAGUAUCCAAGCACAACCUCUCUCCUGAAACUCAUAGUCUUAAUAUUAACCACUGUAGUACACGAAAACCUUUGGAUUAUACUAUUACGUUAAUUGAUACACUGUAGGCCGGAGGAAGGGAUUUUUAGUUGUAUUACUGUAUUUGUUUUUUUUUAUUUUGCACAUUGUUGAUCUGUCCGUUUUAGCUUUAAUCAGAAACCCCACGCACUGCUGGGUUAUUUUUCCACGUCUCGAACACGCAACCAAACUGACCUGCGAGAAUCCUGUUUAAUAAGUUUGCAUAAUCAUGAUUAACACUGAAUCAGUUGUACAAAACCUCAUGCUCUGAUCGCUCCCUUCUGGCCUGGUGCAACAGGACGUUUCCUUCACCAAACGCUCGGUCUAAUGCCUGACAUUCAUCCACAAGUGCAAUUGACUUGAAGUUGCAGGGUUCCCAAAUAGCUACAUUAUUCCCUACAUUAAGUCCCUAAUGGAUACAACUAAUUGUGGCAUUAAUUUUAUGCAAUAUCUUAGUCUUUGUGGGGAGGGAGACUUUUUAUCAGUCUCUUUUUAAUAGGGACACAAAUAUUUUAAGUCUUAAGUAAAUGUUUGUGCAGAUGUGCAUGUUUUAUAAUGUCUUAUGAUUUUCGGCAUCUUACGAUGUGUGUGUGGUUUUAUUUGCAGCUUUUUAAUACAGAAUGGUUCCUAUGAGGUAAAGAAUGCUCUAGAUAUUUUUAUAUAAAUUUUCGAAAAAUCUAAAUCAUGUCCUUGACAGUAUUCAGUGUAUAAAUGCAGUCAUGUGACUGUCUUUGAGCUGUUGAUUGGUGCAGAAUGAUUCUGUAUAAUGGAGUGCGUUUACACAGAAAUCAGGCCUGCUGUAUAUGAACAAACCCGGAAAUAUGUUCCCUUUAUCUUAAUAGUUGUAAAACCCAAAUGUAAAAUAAAACUUAAUUUUAAGACUGAGAA